AUGCUCUCGAGAAGACUUGUCGCGACUGCGCGCUCCGUGCCGCUGCGCCGGUACCAGCCGCGUUCGCUGCCGCUGCAGCUUCCCCAGAUGAUGCAGCACGUCCGCAGCUAUGCCGACAAAAUCGUCCAAGUGCCGCAGAUGGCUGAGUCCAUUUCCGAAGGUACCCUGAAGCAGUGGUCGAAGCAGGUCGGCGACUUUGUAGAGCAGGAUGAGGAGAUUGCCACCAUCGAGACUGACAAGAUCGAUGUUGCUGUUAACGCUCCCGAGGCCGGUACGAUCAAGGAAUUUUUGGUCAACGAGGAGGACACCGUCACUGUCGGCCAGGAUAUCGUCAAGAUGGAGCUUGGAGGCGAGAAGUCCAGCUCAAGCGAAUCCAAGCCUGCCCCAGAGAAGAACUCGGAGCCCGAGUCAAAGCCAGAGUCCAAGUCAGAAUCGAAGCCGGAACCUAAGAAGGAGGCGCCCAAGGAUGAUGCGCCCGCCAGUAAGCCCGCUGCCCCGGCAAAGGAGACGUCAAAACCUGCUCCUGCUCCCGAGAAGGAGUCGGCAACCAGCGCUGCUCCGGCGUUUGGCAGCCGUGAGGAACGUCGCGUGAAAAUGAACCGCAUGCGCCUCCGAAUCGCCGAAAGACUCAAGCAGUCGCAGAACACAGCGGCCUCGCUUACCACCUUCAACGAGGUUGACAUGUCCUCCCUUAUUGAGUUCCGCAAGCUUUACCGCGAUGACGUCCUCAAAAAGACUGGUGUCAAGCUUGGUUUCAUGAGCGCCUUCUCUCGCGCUUGCGUCCUGGCCAUGCGCGACAUCCCGGCCGUCAACGCCUCCAUCGAGGGCCCCAACGGCGGCGACACGAUUGUAUACCGCGACUAUGUCGACAUCAGCGUUGCAGUCGCCACUGAAAAGGGUCUCGUCACCCCUGUCGUGCGCAACACCGAGUCGCUGGACAUGCUCGGCAUCGAGAAGGCCAUUGCCGACAUGGGCAAGAAGGCCCGCGACAACAAGCUGACGAUCGAGGAUAUGGCUGGCGGUACCUUCACCAUCAGCAAUGGCGGUGUCUUUGGCUCGCUGAUGGGCACCCCCAUUAUCAACCUUCCCCAGACUGCCGUCCUCGGACUCCACGCAGUCAAGGAUCGCGCAGUGGCCAUCAAUGGCAAGAUCGAGAUCCGCCCCAUGAUGUACUUGGCGCUUACCUACGAUCACCGCCUUCUUGACGGAAGAGAAGCUGUUCAGUUCUUGGUCAAGGUCAAGGAGUACAUUGAGGAUCCCAGACGUAUGCUUCUGCUGAAGCAGAUGGGAGUAAUGGUCUCAAUGGAGCUAGCUACCACACGAAUACAGAAGGCGAACUCUGCCCUUAGCGUUUUCAAAAUCACGGCCGCCCGAGCUGCCCAUAACAUCAAAGAAAAAGCAGUCGAAGCCGGAGCCACUGCGCUGAACGACAUGUCUUUCAAUGUCCCAAAGAACGUUCCCUCCUUCAGCAAUCCCCAGCGACAACUCGAGGACAGAUAUUGGGGUGCCUCUGCCAACAGCAGCCGAUCCUACCGUGGAGGCAACUCUGGUAUCUUCCACGGUGUGCAGGGGCGGGUAGAAGACCUUCUUGGUACCAAGGGCCAGCUUCCCAUGUACAAGGACAAGCCCUAUGCCCACCACGCAAGCCGGAGGUUUCGGCCUCUCUGGCGGCGGAAGCGCUCCAUCCUCGUCACCCUCCUCUGCUUCGUAACGGGCCUCUGGUUCUUCGGCUUCUUCUCAGAGGGCUCCAAGGCCCGCGAAUCGGCAACGACAUGGACUGGCUGGCUUGGUGCGACAGAGCCCACGGGCAAGAAGGUGGACUGGCUCAAGAGACGGGAGAGAGUAGUUGAGGCCUUUGAGCUCAGCUGGGAUGCCUACGAACGCUAUGCCUGGGGAUACGACGAGUACCACCCCAUUGCGAAGACCGGACGACAGAUGGCACCCAAGGGUCUUGGUUGGAUCAUCAUCGAUUCGCUCGACACCAUGAUGUUGAUGAACUUGACAUCACGCCUGAGCCAUGCGAGGCAAUGGCUUGCCAACGACUUGACGUGGGAUCAAGACCAAGACGUCAACACAUUCGAGACAACCAUCAGAAUGAUGGGUGGCCUUCUCUCUGCGCAUUACCUGUCCACAGAGUUCCCCGAGCUGGCCGCGAUCAAAGACGACGACCCAGGCGCGCCUGGUGAGGACUUAUACCUGGAAAAAGCAAAAGAUCUGGCCGAUCGUCUGAUGAGCGCCUUUGAUUCGCCGUCAGGAGUUCCCUACGCCAGCGUCAACCUGGCCACCUACAAGGGCAUCGUAUCCCACGCUGACGGCGGCGCCUCUUCGACCGCAGAGACGACGACACUGCAGCUCGAGUUCAAGUACCUAGCCAAGCUGACCGGCGAAAAGGACUUCUGGGACAAGGUCGAGCGGGUCAUGAAGGUGGUUGACGAUAACGGUGCUCAGGAUGGACUUGUCCCCAUCUACCUCUACGCCACGACGGGAGAGUUCAGGGGAGACAACAUUCGCCUGGGCUCCCGCGGAGAUUCGUACUAUGAGUACCUGAUCAAGCAGUAUCUGCAGACGAACAAGCAGGAGCCCGUCUACCUGGAGAUGUGGGACGAAGCUCUAGCAGGAGUCCGUAAGCACCUGAUAACCUACAGCAAACCCUCUGGAUUUACUGUUCUCGGAGAGCGCCCCUCUGGCCUGAAUCACGAACUGUCUCCAAAGAUGGACCACCUUGUUUGCUUCAUGCCCGGUACCAUUGCUUUGGGAGCGACUGGAGGCAUUCCCGAGGCAGAGGCCAGGAAAUUACCCACAUGGAACAAGAAGAAGGACGAGGACAUGAAGCUGGCCCGCGAGCUCAUGCAGACGUGUUGGGGCAUGUACAAGUGGAUGGCGACAGGGCUUGCCGCCGAGAUCACCUAUUUCAACAUCGACAACCCACCUGCAUCUCCCUCGGCCUCGCAUCACCCACCCAAGGACUUUGAUCCGGAUCCGCAUGCCAAGUGGCGACAGGACUUUGAGGUACACUCUCAGGAUGUCCACAAUCUCCAACGACCAGAGACGAUUGAGAGUGUCUUUUACAUGUGGAGAAUCACUGGCGACAUCAAGUACCGUGAAUGGGGCUGGGAGAUGUUCAAGUCGUUUGUCAACUACACCUCGGUCGAGGAUGGUGGAGGCUUUACGAGUUUGAGCGACGCCAACACGAUUCCCCCAGUUACGCGUGACAACCUGGAAAGUUUCUGGAUGGCCGAGACGCUCAAGUAUUUCUACCUCCUGUUCUCACCGGAUGAUUUGUUGCCCAUGGACAAGGUCGUCUUCAACACGGAAGCGCACCCGCUCCCCCGGUUCGAUAUGGGCAAGCUCUUCAGCACAGGCUGGCAGCGCAAGCCAAGAGACGCCAACGGAAAGCUGAUUGUAGAUAAAAAGGAGGAGCAAAAGGAACAAGCAUGA